AUGUAUAUACAGGCUGCAAAAAUCCCAUGCGUACUUAUUCGGGGACUUUCGAAGGGUCAAAACUACGAGGUAGGUGACAGAAAUGUUGACAAUUUGAACAGCUCAUGGACAGCUGUGUAUGUAGCCAGAGGAUGGCACUUCGUGUUUCCGAGUUGGGCUUUCUCAGCAGUGGUUGGUCACUCUAAGGGAACAUGGACGCUAGUAGAAACACAAGGGAAAGGUGCAAGAGAAAAAGAAGAAAAAUCAUCAGGUUUAACGAUCCGCCAUAAAGACGACUAUUACUUCCUUACGGAUGCAGAAGAGUUCAUCUAUAGAUGCUUCCCCAAUGACUCAAAAUGGCAGCUUCUUACUCGUCCAUUCACUAAAAAGAAAUUCAUAGAAAUCGCAUAUUGCAGACCAGACUAUUUCAAGAAUCACUAUAAAAUUACAACCCCGACUAAAUGUAUCUAUACAUCGGUUGGCGGUGUAUGCGAUAUCGGGAUAAAGAAAUUAGACAAGGAGGAAUGUUCAUACAAAUAUAUGCUGUACUUUAACCACGAAGAAUCAAAGACAACUCUUUCUUCUGAAAUACAGCUAGAGCGAUACGUAGCCAUAUUCAACGAAGGGCAUGCUAUGAGAUUUCGAAUUCGGUUUCCCAGUGAAGGCAUAUAUAAGAUGGAGAUCUAUGGUGACGGCUCCUGGCUAUGUGAAUUCAGACUUGAAUGUGACGAGGAUGUUAAUGAUGUGAAACCUUUCCCCUGUAAUCCAGAGUCUGGGUUUGGUCCAAACUCUCUUACAAAAGAAGCUGGUCUCCAAGCACAGUCUCAUACAACUGGCUUCAUCAAUACAAAAAAAACUAAGAAUGUCAAUAUGAAAUUCAAGAUGAUUAAGAAUGUGCUAGUCCAAGCAAUCCUGAUACACAAUAAUAUGGAAAAAGAAACCUUGAAUAAACAUGUUAACCAUAGGAUCAAAGGUCAAGAGCUGGACAUUAAUGUGGAUUUGCCUAAAAAAGGAGAAUAUGCUCUCCAGAUUAACACAAAGGAUAAAGAUUCAGAUGGUCCAUUCAAGAAUGUCUGUAAUUAUCUUCUGACCUCGGAGAACAUGAACAAGCAACGGAAGCUUGACGAGAAUGCGAUCGAAAAAAGAACUAGGAAAGCAUUGCAAGAUAAAACCUCUUCUUAUAAUAUAAAUGCUCUCAAAAAAGCGCUUGAUGACUUCGAUAAGAUUGAUCUGGAAGACAAAGGAGAUCGCAAAAAGGCAGUAGAGAGAUUGACAUAUCUAAGCCUGCGUAAAGAACUGAAAGAUGCAAUGGCAAGAAGGCAUGGUGAGAAGCUAGAAGAAGCAAUAGGAAAUGCGAAAUCGUCCAAGUACGAAUCUGAUCUUCAGGAACUGAUUGAGCAAGCAGAGGAUUUGUUAUCACAGCUUCGGAGGCACAAGAGUCUUGCUCACGAGGUUCUAACAAUGCAACAGCUAACUAUAUCUGAAAUUCACAAUUAUAAACACCCUAAACCUAUGGCUUAUGACGUCAUGAAAGCAACAUACAUCCUUCUAGGGGAGGAGGAAAGGCGUGUCGAGGAGUGGGAACAGAUACAAGCGUUGAUGCGCAAGACAGGAAAAGAAGGACUUUUAAGGCGCGUGCAUCUGUUCGACACUGUCAACGUGACUGAGAACAUGGUUAAUCAGGCCUCUCAAAUACUCCAACCGUAUGACGAGGAGAGGAUACAAGCUUUCAGUGCAGGCCUAGGAACGUUCUACAAAUGGGUCACAGGUGUUAUUGAAGAAGUUAGAAAAUCCGAGAAUUCUCCGAGAGAUUGAGAGGUUCAGGAAACCAAAACAAUAAUAUAUUCAUUAGCAAAGUCAUUUACACUGUACACUACAUUAUGCUAAAAAGUGUAUAGAAAAGCUUCGCAAGGCACAUAUACUUUGAUCUUAAAUAGCAUGGAAUGUACGUUGUACUAGUAUUCUCUUUACCUAACAAUUAGGAUUAAAUGAAAAUAUAGGAGGAGAUAGUUUAUUGAAAGUUAUUUCGUUUUAAGAGUGAUAUAUAGAAUGCUAGUUUAUGACAACUGACAGGUCCAUAAGGAAUGCUUACUCCUCCUUUGCACCUGAAUCUACCUUUUUUAUGGAACGCCAAAUUAACAUAUAUUCAAAUAUCUGUACCUAUCUUUAAAUAAUUGUACCUAUCUUCAAUUGAAUUGUACCUAUCUUCAAUUGAAUU